UAAAAAAUGUUAACUUUUUUGCCAGGCAACCAAUAAAGAUAAGGAAUUGUAAAUUUAGUGUUAGUAGUACAAUAAAUCAAAAAAAUAUAAAUCGAUGUGAUAAAAAAUUAAUUGAAAUUAUGAAGGUAUUAAAUGUCGCUGAAAAAAAUGAUGCUGCGAAAAAUAUUGCUGCUCAUUUGGCCAGAGGAACCAGUAAACGGAGGGAAGGAUUAUCAAAGUUUAAUAAAAUUUACGAAUUUAAAUUACGAUUAUGGAAUAAAGAUUGUCAAAUGAUAAUGACCUCAGUUUCUGGUCAUUUAAUGACUUACGAAUUUGUUGGUGCAUACAGAUUUUGGCAGAGCUGUCAUCCUUUAAGUUUAUUUGAUGCUCCGGUUAUUAAAAAUUGCGCUGAUGAUAAUUAUGUUAAAAUAAAAAAAACAAUAGAACGAGAAGUUAGAGACUGUAGUGCCUUAAUUAUUUGGACUGAUUGUGAUAGAGAAGGUGAAAAUAUUGGAUUUGAAAUAAUUCAAGUUUGUCAAGCAAUUAAACCAAACAUAAAAGUCUACAGAGCAAUAUUUUCAGAGAUAACGGCGGCUUCUGUUACGAGAGCGGUUCAUAAUUUGGCUGAACCUAAUAAAGCACUAAAUGACGCUGUUAACGUCAGAAGUGAAUUGGAUUUAAGAAUAGGAGCGGCGUUUACUAGAUUUCAAACGCUUAGAUUACAAAAAGUAUUUCCACAGAGUCUAGCACAAAUGCUGAUAAGUUAUGGAAGUUGUCAAUUUCCAACUCUUGGUUUUGUUGUUGAACGAUUUUUAGCGAUUGAAAAUUUUAAAUCUGAACCGUACUGGAAGAUAAAAGUUGUUGAUAAUCAUGAUGGAAUUUGUACAGAAUUUCGUUGGGCAAGAUACAGACUUUUUGAAGAAUUACCUUGUCAAGUAUAUUUGGACAUAUGUUUAGAAAAUCCAGAUGCAACUGUCGAAAAUGUUACCAGUAAACCAAAAAGCAAAUAUCGUCCGUUACCAUUAGAUACUAUUGAACUUGAAAAGCAAGGUUCAAAAAAAUUAAAAUUAACUGCCAAGGAGACAAUGAAGAUUGCUGAAAAAUUGUAUACUCAAGGUUUUAUAAGUUAUCCACGUACAGAAACAAAUAUAUUUCCAAAAGAAUUAAAUUUAAGAUCAUUGGUAGAACAACAAGUUAAUAAUCAACAGUGGGGCCAAUUUGCUCAACGUGUAUUAGAGGAAGGUGUAACACCUCGUCAAGGUAAAAAAAGUGAUCAAGCUCAUCCACCGAUUCAUCCCACAAAGUAUGCUGAUAAUCUUCAAGGGAAUGAAGCUCGUGUUUAUGAAUUUAUUGUACGUCACUAUUUGGCUUGUGUGUCAAAAAAUGCUGAGGGUUACGAAACAACUGUUGAUAUUGAUAUAGCUGGUGAAAAAUUUUCAACAAGUGGAUUACAAAUAAUAGCUAAAAAUUAUUUAGAAGUUUAUAUUUAUGAAAAAUGGAAUUCUAAAGAAAUUCAUAUUUAUGAACCUCGUCAAGUAUUUCGACCAACUACUAUAGAAAUGGUUGGUGAACAAACAUCACCACCAAAUUUAUUAACAGAAGCUGAUUUAAUUUCAUUAAUGGAUAAACAUGGAAUUGGUACUGAUGCAACACACGCUGAGCACAUUGAAACAAUUAAAUCUCGUCAGUAUGUUGGUAUGAGAGAUAAAGAACAUAUUAUGCCUGGUAAAUUAGGUAUUGGUUUAGUUAUGGGUUACGAUAAUAUGGGAUUUCAAAUGUCUAAACCAUAUUUACGAUCUGAAUUAGAAAAUGAUUUAAAGCUUAUAUGUAAUGGGGUUAAAAAUCCACAACAAGUACUUGAAACUCAAAUAAGUAAAUACCGUACAGUUUUUAAAGCAGCAUUGGAACGUGCUAAUUUAUUAGAUACUGCUCUUGCUGAAUAUAUUGAUGAACGUCCUUCAGCAGUUGCUGAUGAUUUAGAAAUAAAUAAUCCACCAGAGGAUCCGGUAUUUUUAAAAUGUCCAAAAUGUGGUUUAAACAUGACAUUAAAAGAUCGUAAACAGACCGGUGGAAAAUAUCUAGGUUGUAUGGGAUUCCCUGCUUGUAAUAAUGCUAUUUGGUUUCCAACCGCUGUUACAGAUGUUAUUAUUUCUGAUAAUAUUUGUGAUAUUUGUCCUGGUAAUUUAAAAAAAAUGAAAUUUAAACUUAGACCAGGCGCUUUUCCAAUUUUUGGAUCAUCUUACGAGACUUGUAUCGGUGGUUGUGAUAAUACAUUCAAUGAAACCAUGAAUAUUAAUUUAGGUUCUGUACAAAGAGGUGCUCAAUCAUCAGACAGUGGUUAUACAAGUAAUAAUAAUAAUAAUAAUAAUAAUAAUAAUAAUAAUAAUUCAACAUCCACACAAAGUUAUAGAAAUUCACAGUCAUCAAAUCAUACAAGUAGAAGUAACAAUAAUACAAAUACUUCUGGUGGACGAGGUGCAAGCGCAUCUUCCAAUUCAUCCAUUGGCUUAGUUGGAUUUCAAAAUAAUAGCAAUAAUAAUAAUAAUAAUAAUAAUAAUAAUAUCACCAGACCAAGUACAUUCAAUAAUCGUGAUAAUCCUGGAAGAGGUAGUAGUAAUAAUUAUUAUUCAAAUAGAAAUAAUAAUACCAAAAGAAAUAAUAAUCAUUGGCCUGAUGAUUUUCCUGAUACAAAACGUCCUAAGAUAACCAAAACACCAACAGGUAUGAAUUCAUCAAGUAUAGUAGAUGAUACUGAAUCAUACAGUUGUAAUUGUCAUCAACCAGCGAUUAAAUUGACCGUUAAAAAAGAUGGACCAAAUAAAGGGAGGCAAUUUUAUAAAUGUGCUAAACCUCAAGACAGUUCAUGUGGUUUUUUUUUAUGGGCAACAGAUGUUCCUGUUACUAAUAAAUCUGUAUUUUCACCGCCACCUCCGCCACCACAACGAAAUCGUAAUUUCGUUAAUAAUCAAAUGAGACCACCAAAUAAUUCAAAUACUACAGCAGGUACAUUCAAUUCAUCUCAUGGUAGUAACGAUGGUAAUGACAAUGUUAUCUGUGUUUGUGGUCAACCAGCCCGCAAAUUAACUGUAAGAAAAGACGGCCCGAAUAAAGGUAGAGAAUUUUAUUCAUGCCCUCAAGGGAAUUCAAGCAAUUGUAAUUUCUUCGAAUGGGCAAGCAACAAUUCAGGUGGAAAUAAUGAUACGGACAAUGAAUGGGGCGGUAGUAGUAGUAAUAGUUAUGGUACAUCGUCUAGAGGAGGAAGUGGCGGCUCAAGAGGACAGGGACGUGGUAGUAAAUCAAAGACAACUGGUGGGAAGCGAAAGUGCGGAAUUUGUGGUGUUGAAGGCCAUACAAGAAAAACAUGUCCAGAAAAUGCAAUGGAUUAA